GGAAGUAAUUAGUUAGCUAUUGAGGCGUUUAAUAAAGGCCAAUUUCAAUCCAAAACUGCAUGUGCAAAGGCAUUUGAUGUCAUUCCAAGGACUCUAAUGUAUCGCCUGAACGGAAUGGCCUCUCGGCAUGAAAUGACUGCCAAUUAUCAGAACUUGAAGAAGAGACUCUAUCUAGAUGGAUUCUAGAUAUGUAUCAGCGUGGCCUACCUCUUCAAAUAUCAAAUGUCUGCUAUCUAUGGCUGAAAUCCCCCCGAGAAAGCCAGCAUUGGUGAGCUAUGGGUUAACCGCUUUAUCCAACGCCGUCCUGAGCUCAAAUCCAAAUAUACCCGCAAAUAUGAUUAUCAGUGUGCCAAAUACUACUGGCAGAUAUCGCCUUUUGAUUCUUGAUGGUCAUAGCAGCCAUGCCACUGCUAAUUUUGAUCAUUUCUGCAUGGAAAGGAGGAUAAUCCCAUUAUAUAUGCCUCCUCAUUCAUCUCAUCUACUUCAGCCACUGGAUAUAAGCUGUUUUACACCACUCAAGCACUACAAUGGCCAGAAAAUCAGGGAGAUGGCACAAAAUGGCAUCCAUACCAACAUACAAAGUGGAUUUGCAGCUGCUGGUCUUAUUCCUUUUAAACCAGAGAGAGUGCUUGCAAAACCCCAUAUCAAAAUGAAGACACCAGAAAAGGCAGAUGCAAGAGCUUCACAGUCUGUAUCCUCAGUGGCUGCAGAGCAGAUGCUUGAAAAAGUCAUUAAGGGUGCAGAGAUGGCAAUGCAGAAUUCUAUCCUUUUACAACAAGAAAUCCAUCAGCUUCGCACAUCAAAUAGGCAUCAGAAAGAGAAGAUGACACGAGCCUUUAUCCAAGAUGGAGGGAGUUUGACUGGUGAUGAAGGGUUGCAAAGAUUGAGAGAAUGGGAGAGGCAAGAAGAGCCAGCAUCAUCAAAAUCACAGCGGCCAGCACGGUGCAGCAAUUGCAAUAAAGAAGGUCAUAAUAGAUAAAAAUGCCCUACUAGAUAGUAAUAUAUUUAAUGAAUUUGACUUGC